CGUACAGUGACGUAAUUUCCGGUUUGAACGGCGGAGCAGCAAAUCAGGGCGAUUGACGCGCGAGAUCAUGUCGAUGAGGGGAACCCGGUUUGCGAAAACAUCGGACAUUGCGGGGGAAAAGUAACGGUCUUCAUGAAGUUUUAAUUGUCACAUACUCUCAGCUGUAAACACCGGACGGAGAUCCAAGAUGCCCAUUCCUCCCCCUCCCCCUCCUCCCCCCACCCUUAGCCAGGCAAACACAACCCCUCCCAAGCUGAACCGAGAUGAAGCGAAGGGCAGAGGGGCAUUGCUCUCUGAUAUCUGCAAAGGGUCCAAGCUGAAGAAAGUUGGCGUUGUCAGUGACAGGAGUGCACCUAUGAUUGAGAAGCCGAAAGGAAGUGGCGGAGGCGUGUCCAGCAGUGAAGGGUCUUCUUCACCGGUCCAGCCAGUGGGAGGGCUGUUUCAGGGUGGCGUCCCAAAAUUACGACCUGUAGGAGAUGGUUCUGCGGGCAGGUCUGUGUUGCACCCUUCUGGCACUCGUUCUGCUGCACCUCGCCCACCCGGCAGCCACGAUGACCCCGACAGUCCCUCUCAGCAGGCCUCUCCUCCAGAGUCUGGCCGUUUCCAGAGACCAUCCCUACCUGAUCUCUCACGUUCCCCCGGUGGAGGCAGCAGCCCGUCUACAGGCAUGAAGCACAGCUCUUCUGCCCCACCUCCACCACCCCCCAUGUCUCGGCGUGGAAAUGCUCCUCCUGCCCCGCCGCAGAAAGCCACAGCGCCCUUGUACAAUCGCGAAAAGCCACUUCCGCCAACUCCAGGGCAGCGAGGACCUUCUCCAGCGCCGGUGCGUGAAAACGCACCACCUCCACCAGUGAAACCUCCUCCAUCACCUGCAAGCAGCCGCUCGUCUUCAUCCUCUUCUUCCUCCCUGGCCCCGCCACCGCCCCCUUACCGUCAGCAGUCUGGGGUUUCCAAUGGCCCCUCCAGUCCUGUGAAUGAGGCAGCCCCCGAACUGCCCCAGAGACACAACUCACUCAGUAAGAAGCCUUCAGCGGGUGGACACACACCGACACGUGGACAUGCGCCGCCUCCACCACCGUCACCCACCCCACAGGCCGCCAGACCCCCUCCUCCAGCACGAGAGCCCCCGGGACGAGGAGCAGCUCCUCCAGUUCCUGGGCAGCCAUCACGAAAUGGCCGGGAUGCUGCUCCGCCGCCUCCACCUCCUUACCGGACUCAUGGCACUACCUCGGAUAUCCCGAGCCGAGGCAAGCCCCCUCCUCCCCCCUCCCGCACACCAGCUGGACCCCCGCCCCCUCCCCCACCCAUCCGCAAUGGACACACUUCCAUUUCCCGUUCCUUUGUAGAUGAUUUUGAGUCCAAGUAUUCUUUUCAUCCUCUGGAUGACUUCCCUCCUCCAGAAGAGUAUAGACACUUCACGAAGAUAUACCCAAGCAAAGCUAACAGAGUAAUGAGAGGAGCCCCUCCUUUGCCGCCUGUUGGGAGGUAAACACUGUGACCAGUCACUCGGGCUGCAUCGGCGACGAGGGUUCUUCACACAGACCCAUACGCUCAUAAACAGACAAUCUCACAUGCACAUCUAAAGACACGAAGCCUGCACCUUAUUAACAGCCAUUCCCCCAUCGGAUAUCAUUCCUCUGCAUUCAAGCAAGCUCCAUCGUAUCACUUUUGUGCGGUGCCGAAAGUCGUCUUCGCUCAGAAAAGAGUGAGAUGAAGGAAAGUAUUGCAUUCCAUCUUUAUUUUAUUAUGUACCUAGGUAGCAUUGCACAUUUGGUUGGAUGUGCACUGAGAGCUAGAAGUGGCCAUCAGAACCUGUAUGUAGGUAAAGCGUAGCACUUGAGACGGUAAGCGAAAAGCAUGUCCCUGGAAAAUGUCUUAACUACUGCGUCAGGCAACAUGUUCAAUGUUUUGUUGUUGGUUUUUCCUCUCAUUCGCUAUCCCAUGUUAUGCACUGUGAAUAAUCACUCGGAGCAGAAAGCGUCUGAGUGUGAGCUGAACUGUAAAAACUUUUAGCUUUAGAUGUUUUUGUCUUUUGUCCUGGUCGUGACCCUUUUAGGGAACAGCCAUUGUCUUUAAGUUCUCUCAGGGGGUUUGUUGGACUUCAUUACCCUCCGGUAAGUUUGUGAACGAAAGGUCCAAAAGUGCCAACAGAUGCUCUGCUAUUAAUAAAUCAGCAUGGCUCCUUCAGUCGUAACACAUCCUCCUUUGGGAAACCGGUAGGUCAAUUGCCUUUUAUUGUUUGUUCUAAAGAUGGACCAUGGGAUUUUUUUUUCAAGUUUGGAGUUGUCGUCCUGCAAUAAUCCUCGCACCGCAUUGUGAAUGCUGGCUUUUCUGUCAUUUUCCCAUUACAGGACGGCACGGCUAUGCUGCUUGCAUUAUGUUUGUGAUCUGGUUGAAAGCAGACCUUGUCCUUAUGCUGCCUACGGACUGCUUUUAUAGGGCAGCGUUGUGUCAAAGACAGCCUUUGAUGGUGCAUUUUAAUAGUGUAUGAACUUAAUCUAAGAUUUUCAUCACUUAGCUAAAAUCAAGUUCAGUGCAUGCUGCUUUUUUGGGACAGACCUCCAAUAUAAACGCUGGCUAAAUUUGCAUGUAAAGCUGCAAAAUUGCUUUCUGUAUUGGUUCAUUUUCUUCUGUUUUUAAACAAUGCGUCUGCUCUUUGGAUGACAGGACCGUAACCAAGGGUUCUGGAACGGUUGUCUUAUACUAUAUAGUAUUGCUGCAGAAAUGUGGUAACUAGUCAUUUCAUUACCAGUCAUGUUCAGUGAUGUUUGCAGCCAGCCUAGCCAUGCAGGCUGGCACUGAUAACAGUUCAUCCACAGCUUGUUCAGUGUCAUAUUGUUAGAUCUUCCUGUUUGUACGUUUGUUUAUUCUCCAGAGAAUAGACUGCAUUUCAGAUCUGCAGAAGAGCUAACUUUUUCAUAAAUGGAGUGUAGAUUAGAUGGACAGUUGUGAACGUUUUUUCGUUGUUCUGCCUUACAUUUUCUGAUUAACGUGUCGGUACGGGAUUUGUAAAAAAAAAAAAAAGGGAACAUAUUUACAAGUACAUAGAUAUGGUAGUGAUAGUUAUUAAUCUAUUUUUAGUUUGUAAUAUAGUACAUAAUUUCAGGCAAACAUAGGAUUCAAAUGAAGUCUCUGACUAAUCAUUACUUGAUGGAAUGUCCUCACAUGUGAAUAUGGCUGAGGAUGUUUUCUUAGACUAAUACUUGUCUUUAAUUGCCUACUGUCUGCCAGCAGGUGUCAGUGAACAUGUCUUUAGAGGAGCAUAACUUCCUCACAUUGAGAGAGAGGACUGUCAUUGUCACCAUUCCAUGCUUAACUAAAGCCUGUCCACACCUGUUGAAAUAAAGCUGAGGAAAAAACAUGG